GCUGAGCGCUGCACCCUGGGCAUGGUGCUGCCCCUCUGGAGCGACACUCAGGUCUUCCUCGAUGGCGAUGGGGGGUUCAGCGUGACGUCCGGGGGGCAGACGCGCAUCUUCAAGCCCAUCUCCAUCCAGACCAUGUGGGCCACGCUGCAGGAGCUGCACCGCGCCUGCGAGCUGGCAGCCCAGGGCGGGCACAUCCCGGGGGGCCCGGCGCUGGCCUGGGCGCAGGAAUACGCGGCAGCGCUGGACUCGGAGCAGAGCUGCCUCAACGAGUGGUUGGCCAUGGCCGACUUGGAGUCCGUGCGGCCCGGCUCGCCCCUGCCCGCAGAGCCGACGGAGAGCGCGGUGCGGGCCCUGCUGCGGGACGUGCUGACCUCUGCCGACUUGGAAAACGUCACCUCCAAGGAGGUGCGGAUGGAGCUGGAGCGACGCGUGGGGCACAGCCUGGAGCGGCACAAGGACUUCAUCGACAACGAGAUGCUGCUGGUGCUGGCGCAGAUGGACCGGCCGUCGCGCGUCUUCCCGCACAUCUACCUGGGCUCCGAGUGGAACGCGGCCAACCUGGAGGAGCUGCAGCAGAACCGCGUGACCCACAUCCUGAACGUGGCACGGGAGAUUGACAACUUCUUCCCAGCGCUGUUCACCUACAUGAACGUGCGGGUGUACGACGAGGAGGCGGCCGAGCUGCUGCCCCACUGGAAUGACACCUUCCUUUUCCUGUCUGACAUCAAGUUAGUGGGAAGGGGGGGG